GGAAGUGGCUCAGGGCGCAGAUUGCACGGAUAUCCAGAGUGCUGAGAGCCCAGUUUGGGGGAGCCAUGGAGGAGUCCUCUGAGGCCAGCAAAGCUGUGGAUGCCAGCGCUCACUCGCGCUUCAUCAUCGGCUCCGUGUCCGAGGACAACUCCGAGGAUGAGACCAGCUCCUUGGUGAAACUGGACCUGCUGGAGGAGAAGGAGAGGUCCCUGUCCCCUGCCUCAGUCUGCUCCGACUCCCUCUCGGACCUGGGGCUCCCCAACGCUCAGGAUGGCCCGGCCAGCCACAUGAGGCCCAGCAUGUCUGGUUUGCACCUUGUCAAGCAGGGCCGGGACAGGAAGAAGGUGGAUGUGCAGCGAGAUUUCACCGUGGCUUCUCCAGCAGAGUUUGUUACUCGUUUUGGAGGCAAUAAAGUCAUUGAGAAGGUGCUGAUAGCCAACAAUGGCAUUGCAGCAGUGAAGUGCAUGAGGUCCAUCCGGCGCUGGUCCUACGAGAUGUUCAGGAACGAGAGGGCCAUCAGGUUCGUGGUCAUGGUCACCCCUGAGGACCUGAAAGCCAAUGCAGAGUACAUCAAAAUGGCAGAUCACUACGUGCCCGUGCCAGGAGGACCCAACAACAACAACUAUGCAAACGUGGAGCUCAUCCUGGACAUCGCCAAGAGGAUCCCAGUGCAGGCUGUGUGGGCUGGCUGGGGCCAUGCAUCAGAGAACCCCAAACUGCCAGAACUUCUCCACAAAAACGGGAUUGCUUUCAUGGGUCCUCCCAGCCAAGCCAUGUGGGCCUUAGGAGAUAAAAUUGCUUCUUCCAUCGUGGCUCAGACUGCUGGCAUCCCAACUCUUCCUUGGAGUGGCAGUGGGCUCCGAGUGGACUGGCAGGAGAACGACCUCCAGAAGCGCAUCCUGAGCGUUCCCCAGGAGCUCUACGAGAAGGGCUACGUCAGGGAUGCUGAUGAUGGCCUCAGGGCUGCUGAGGAGGUUGGCUACCCUGUCAUGAUCAAGGCCUCUGAAGGAGGAGGAGGAAAAGGGAUCAGGAAAGUGAACAAUGCAGAUGACUUCCCCAACCUGUUCAGACAGGUUCAAACAGAGGUGCCAGGCUCCCCCAUCUUUGUGAUGAGGCUGGCCAAGCAGUCCAGGCACCUGGAGGUGCAGAUCCUGGCAGACCAGUACGGCAACGCCAUCUCGCUCUUCGGCCGCGACUGCUCCGUGCAGCGCCGCCACCAGAAGAUCAUCGAGGAGGCCCCGGCCUCCAUUGCCACCUCUGCAGUCUUUGAGCACAUGGAGCAGUGUGCGGUGAAGCUGGCCAAGAUGGUGGGCUACGUGAGCGCAGGCACUGUGGAGUACCUGUACAGCCAGGACGGCAGCUUCUACUUCCUGGAGCUGAACCCACGCCUGCAGGUGGAGCAUCCCUGCACUGAGAUGGUGGCAGAUGUCAACCUGCCAGCAGCACAGCUCCAGAUUGCCAUGGGGAUCCCCCUGCACAGGAUCAAGGACAUCAGGGUGAUGUAUGGAGUUUCUCCCUGGGGGGACACAACCAUUGACUUUGAGAACUCGGCCCACGUGCCCAGCCCCCGUGGCCACGUCAUCGCCGCCCGCAUCACCAGCGAGAACCCUGACGAGGGGUUUAAGCCCAGCUCUGGCACGGUUCAGGAGCUGAAUUUCCGCAGCAAUAAGAAUGUCUGGGGCUAUUUCAGCGUGGCUGCUGCAGGAGGGCUCCACGAGUUUGCUGAUUCCCAGUUUGGUCACUGCUUCUCCUGGGGGGAGAACCGUGAGGAGGCCAUCUCGAACAUGGUGGUGGCUCUGAAGGAGCUGUCCAUCCGAGGGGACUUCAGGACCACUGUGGAAUACUUGAUCAAGCUGCUGGAGACAGAGAGCUUCCAGCAGAACCGCAUCGACACGGGCUGGCUGGACCGGCUCAUCGCUGAGAAAGUGCAGGCUGAGAGGCCUGACACCAUGCUGGGGGUGGUGUGUGGGGCCCUGCACGUGGCUGACGUGAGCUUCCGAAACAGCGUCUCCAACUUCCUGCACUCCCUGGAAAGGGGCCAAGUCCUCCCUGCUCACACUCUGCUGAACACGGUGGACGUGGAGCUCAUCUACGAGGGACGGAAGUACGUGCUGAAGGUGACCAGGCAGUCUCCCAACUGCUACGUGGUGAUCAUGAACAGCUCCUGCGUGGAGGUGGACGUGCACCGCCUGAGCGACGGGGGGCUGCUGCUCUCCUACGAUGGCAGCAGCUACACCACCUACAUGAAGGAGGAAGUGGACAGGUACCGCAUCACCAUUGGGAACAAGACCUGUGUGUUUGAGAAGGAGAAUGAUCCCUCCAUCCUGCGCUCCCCCUCUGCUGGGAAGCUGAUCCAGUAUGUGGUGGAGGAUGGGGGACACGUGUUUGCAGGCCAGUGCUUUGCAGAAAUUGAGGUGAUGAAAAUGGUGAUGACCAUAACAGCAGGAGAAUCAGGCUGCAUCCACUAUGUCAAACGCCCAGGGGCAGUCCUGGAUCCAGGCUGUGUGAUUGCCAAGCUGCAGCUGGAUGAUCCCAGCAGGGUUCAGCAGGCUGAGCUGCACACAGGUACCCUGCCCCAGAUCCAGAGCACAGCCCUGCGGGGUGAGAAGCUCCAUCGCAUCUUCCACUACGUGCUGGACAACCUGGUCAACGUGAUGAAUGGCUACUGCCUGCCAGAGCCCUUCUUCAGCAGCAAGGUGAAGGGAUGGGUUGAGCGUUUGAUGAAGACCCUGAGGGAUCCAUCUUUGCCCCUGCUGGAGCUCCAGGACAUCAUGACCAGUGUUUCUGGGAGGAUCCCACCCAACGUGGAGAAGUCCAUCAAGAAGGAGAUGGCCCAGUAUGCCAGCAACAUCACCUCAGUGCUCUGCCAGUUCCCCAGCCAGCAGAUUGCCAACAUCCUGGACAGCCACGCGGCCACGCUGAACCGCAAGUCGGAGCGCGAGGUUUUCUUCAUGAACACGCAGAGCAUCGUGCAGCUGGUGCAGAGGUACCGCAGUGGCAUUCGGGGCCACAUGAAGGCCGUGGUGAUGGAUCUGCUCCGGCAGUACCUGAAGGUGGAGACUCAGUUCCAGCACGGUCACUAUGACAAGUGUGUCUUCACCCUUCGUGAGGAGAACAAGAGCGACAUGAACGCCGUGCUGAACUACAUCUUCUCCCAUGCCCAGGUCACCAAGAAGAACCUGCUGGUCACCAUGCUCAUUGACCAGCUGUGUGGCCGUGACCCCACCCUGACAGACGAGCUGAUCAAUAUCCUGACAGAGCUGACCCAGCUCAGCAAGACGACCAACGCCAAGGUGGCCCUGAGGGCACGGCAGGUCCUCAUUGCCUCCCACCUGCCCUCCUACGAGCUGCGCCACAACCAGGUGGAGUCCAUCUUCCUGUCUGCCAUCGACAUGUACGGCCACCAGUUCUGCAUUGAGAACCUGCAGAAACUCAUUUUGUCUGAGACAUCCAUCUUUGAUGUGCUUCCCAACUUCUUCUACCACAGUAACCAGGUGGUGAGAAUGGCAGCUUUGGAGGUGUAUGUGAGGAGAGCCUACAUUGCCUACGAGCUGAACAGCGUGCAGCACCGCCAGCUGAAGGACAACACCUGCGUGGUGGAGUUCCAGUUCAUGCUGCCCACCUCCCACCCCAACAGAGGGAACAUCCCCACACUGAACAGGAUGUCCUUCUCCUCCAACCUCAAUCACUAUGGGAUGGCUCACGUGGCCAGUGUCAGUGAUGUGCUGCUGGACAACUCCUUCACGCCGCCGUGCCAGCGCAUGGGCGGCAUGGUCUCCUUCCGCACCUUUGAGGACUUCGUCAGGAUCUUUGAUGAAGUCAUGGGAUGCUUCUGCGACUCUCCCCCUCAGAGCCCCACGUUCCCCGAGGCCGGCCACGCUUCCCUGUAUGAUGAGGACAAGAGUGCCCGGGAGGAGCCCAUCCACAUCCUCAACGUGGCCAUCAAAACCGACGGCGACGUGGACGACGACGGCCUGGCUGCCAUGUUCAGGGAGUUCACCCAGAGCAAGAAAUCAGUCCUGAUUGAGCAUGGCAUUCGCAGGCUGACGUUCCUGGUAGCACAAAAGGACUUCAGGAAACAGGUCAACUAUGAGGUGGAUCAGAGAUUCCAUAGGGAAUUCCCAAAGUUCUUCACCUUCCGUGCCCGGGAUAAGUUUGAGGAGGACAGGAUUUACAGGCACCUGGAGCCUGCCCUGGCCUUCCAGCUGGAGCUGAACCGCAUGAGGAACUUUGACCUGACGGCCAUCCCCUGUGCCAACCACAAGAUGCACCUCUACCUGGGGGCUGCCAAGGUGGAGGUGGGCACAGAGGUCACAGACUACAGGUUCUUCGUCAGGGCCAUCAUAAGGCACUCGGACCUGGUGACCAAGGAAGCCUCCUUUGAGUACCUGCAGAACGAGGGUGAACGUUUGCUGCUGGAGGCCAUGGAUGAGCUGGAGGUGGCCUUCAACAACACCAACGUGCGCACGGACUGCAACCACAUCUUCCUCAACUUCGUGCCCACCGUCAUCAUGGACCCCUCCAAGAUCGAGGAGUCGGUGCGCUCCAUGGUGAUGCGCUACGGCAGCCGCCUGUGGAAGCUGCGGGUCCUGCAGGCCGAGCUGAAGAUCAACAUCCGCCUGACGCCCACGGGGAAGGCCAUCCCCAUCCGCCUCUUCCUCACCAACGAGUCGGGCUACUACCUGGACAUCAGCCUCUACAAGGAGGUGACAGACUCCAGGACGGGCCAGAUCAUGUUCCAGGCAUAUGGAGACAAGCAGGGACCACUCCAUGGGAUGCUGAUCAACACCCCCUACGUGACCAAGGACCUGCUGCAGUCCAAGAGGUUCCAGGCACAAACUUUAGGGACAUCCUAUGUCUAUGACAUUCCUGAGAUGUUCAGGCAGUCCCUGAUCAAGCUGUGGAACUCCAUGAACGAGCACGCCUUCCUGCCCCCAGCACCUCUGCCCUCUGACAUCCUGACCUACACGGAGCUGGUGCUGGAUGACCAGGGCCAGCUCGUGCACAUGAACAGGCUGCCAGGAGGAAACGAGAUCGGGAUGGUGGCCUGGAAGAUGACCCUGAAGACACCCGAGUACCCCGAGGGCCGGGACAUCAUCGUCAUAGGCAAUGACAUCACCUACAAGAUCGGCUCCUUCGGGCCCCAGGAGGACGUGCUGUUCCUCAGGGCCUCGGAGCUGGCCCGGGCUCAGGGCAUCCCCCGCAUCUACGUGGCUGCCAACAGCGGGGCCCGCAUCGGGCUGGCCGAGGAGAUCCGGCACAUGUUCCACGUGGCCUGGGAGGACCCGGACAACCCCUACAAGGGAUACAAAUACCUGUACCUGACUCCUCAAGACUAUAAGAAAGUCAGUGCCCUGAACUCUGUUCACUGUGAGCACGUGGAGGAAAAUGGAGAGUCCAGGUACAAGAUAACGGAUAUUAUCGGCAAGGAGGACGGGCUUGGAGUAGAGAACCUCAGAGCAUCUGGCAUGAUUGCUGGAGAAUCAUCUUUAGCCUAUGAUAGUGUUAUCACCAUCAGCUUGGUGACGUGUCGGGCAAUCGGGAUCGGGGCCUACAUCGUGCGGCUGGGCCAGAGAACCAUCCAGGUGGAGAACUCCCACAUCAUCCUCACCGGCUGUGGGGCCCUCAACAAGGUGCUUGGACGGGAAGUUUACACCUCCAACAACCAGCUGGGAGGGAUCCAGAUCAUGCACAACAACGGGGUGACACAUGACACUGUGUGUGAUGACUUUGAAGGGGUCUACACCAUUCUGCAGUGGCUUUCCUACAUGCCAAAGAAUAUCCACAGCCCUGUGCCCAUCCUGAAAGCCAAGGAUCCCAUAGACAGAACCAUUGACUUUGUUCCCACCAAGGCCCCCUACGACCCUCGCUGGAUGCUGGCUGGACGCCCCAACCCAAAUCAGAAAGGGCAGUGGCUGAGUGGCUUCUUCGACCAUGGCUCGUUCAUGGAGAUCAUGCAGCCCUGGGCACAGACAGUGGUGGUGGGGAGAGCAAGGCUGGGAGGAAUACCUGUAGGAGUGGUUGCUGUGGAAACCAGGACGGUGGAGCUCAGCAUUCCUGCUGAUCCUGCAAACCUGGACUCAGAGGCCAAGAUAAUCCAGCAGGCUGGGCAGGUGUGGUUCCCUGACUCUGCCUUCAAAACAGCCCAGGCAAUCAAGGACUUCAACAGGGAAGGGCUGCCCCUGAUGGUCUUUGCCAACUGGAGAGGCUUCUCUGGGGGAAUGAAAGACAUGUAUGACCAGGUGCUGAAGUUUGGUGCCUACAUCGUGGACGGCCUGCGCGAGUACCGGCAGCCCGUGCUGGUUUACAUCCCGCCGCAGGGCGAGCUGCGCGGCGGCUCCUGGGUGGUCAUCGACCCCACCAUCAACCCCAGGCACAUGGAGAUGUAUGCUGACAGGGACAGCAGAGGAGGGAUCCUGGAGCCCGAGGGCACGGUGGAGAUCCGGUUCCGCAGGAAGGACCUGGUGAAGACCAUGCGCAGGGUGGACCCCGUGUACAUCCACCUGGCCGAGCGCCUGGGCACCCCCGAGCUGAGCCCGGCUGACAGGAAGGAGCUGGAGGCCAAGCUGAAGGAGAGGGAGGAGUUCCUGGUGCCCAUCUACCAGCAGGUGGCCAUGCAGUUCGCUGACCUGCACGACACCCCCGGCAGGAUGCAGGAGAAAGGGGCCAUAACUGAUGUCCUGGACUGGAAAACCUCCCGGACGUUUUUCUACUGGCGGCUGCGGCGGCUGCUGCUGGAGGAGGCCGUGAAGAGCAAAAUCCACGAGGCCAACCCCGAGCUGACGGACGGGCAGAUCCAGGCCAUGCUGCGCCGCUGGUUUGUCGAGGUGGAGGGCACGGUCAAGGCCUACCUGUGGGACAGCAACAAGGACCUGGUGGAGUGGCUGGAGAAGCAGCUGACGGAGGAGGAGGGCGUGCGCUCGGUGGUGGAGGAGAACAUCAAAUACAUCUCCAGGGAUUAUGUGCUCAAGCAGAUCAGGAGCCUGGUCCAGGCCAAUCCCGAGGUUGCCAUGGAUUCCAUCGUGCACAUGACCCAGCACAUCUCCCCCACGCAGCGGGCCGAGGUCGUGCGGAUCCUCUCCACAAUGGACUCUCCCUCCUCCACGUAAGAGCCCGGGCUGCUCCUGGCCCUGCCCGGGGCGGGAUCUGCCCUUUGUCUGCUCGGGGAGGCUCCGGGAGCGCUGCUGCAGGGACAGUUGGAUUGUUCCAGGCCAGGCUGGCCAGAGGGAGCGUGUCCUUUGGCCAGGGACACGAGGCAAACGUACAAACACGAGCGGAACGGAGCCGUCCUCCUGUACCUUAUUUAUUGAUCAGAGCGGGGCUGGGCGCUCCGGAACCGCGAGGCCUUGGCGUGGCAGGGCCUGCAGGGACACCCCUGUCCCUCCAGGGACGCCCCUGUCCUUCCAGGGACACCCUGCCCCUGCAGGGACCCCCUGCCCUCCCUCCCCUGCUCCCCGUGCCCGGCAGCAGCAGCUCCGUGCUGACAAGUGCCAAUGUCCCCCUGUCCCCUCCCCACAGCCCCCGGCUCUGUCACUGGUGAUUUGUGUGUCACCCUCUGUCAGUGGUGAUUUGAUUUGUGUGUCCCACGUCUGUCUUGUCUCCUAGAUAAAGGAAAACCAGCCUUUAGCUGCUGUGGCCGUGCCCCCAGGAGGC